ACUGUCAAGCCUGCCUGUUUCCCGCUCUUUUGUUUUUAAGGUGUAUCCAUUUUAGGUUAUAGUUACCUAGUUUGUAUUUGUUUUUUCCUCGAUUUUGUUUUGUAAAAGAAGAGAAAAUGGAGAGAAAAGAAACGCGUUACGCACAUUCCGAUGGCCAUACAGAUGUUUGUUAUACUGAAGACGGAACGAAACUUAUUACAUGCGGAACAGAUGGGGAUAUCAGAAUAUGGUCCGGGUUCGAAGAUGACGAUCCAUUUCAAACGUGUGUUGGAGAAUGGGCACAUUGUGUACGACAAAAGGGCGAUCGAUUGUUCAUCGCGACGGAUAAAAACAACGUUCAGAUCACCACAUAUCCAGAUGCUGAAAGGGAUGGAAUCUUAAUCCGAUUUACUGCGCACGUGAACCACAUGGAUCUAGGAAAAAAUCAUGAUUUUAUCGCUGUCGUCUCAGAAGAUAUGGAAGUGAAAGUCAUUAAUUUAACUAAGCAAAGUGAGAUCCUAUCAUUUCCUGGAUUAUCAGGACCCCCUUUGAGUGUAUCUCUUAAUCCUAAAGCAAGAAUGUUGGCCGUAGCGUCUGGGGAUGGUAUGUUACGAGUAUGGAAUGUCGAAGAUUCGUCUUUAUUGAAAGAGAUCGAUUGCGUACCUAAAGUGAACAGUUUUAUGAAUGCAGAUUGCUUAAGCAGAAUCCAUUUUGAUCCAGUUUUGGGCAGAAGUUUAGCGUAUCCCAAUAAGAAUAAUGUCAUUAUUGUCGAUACAACAAGUUGGAGUGAAAAAUUAAUUUUGAUGUGUUCCGAGGUGGAGUCUACAUAUUCUAUUGUACAAUUUUCACCAUGCGGUGAGCUGAUGGCCGGUGCCACGCAAGAUGGCAGCCUUGUUGUUUGGCAUAUCACAAGUCAGAACGUUAUUGGGGUGACAAAACAUCCGAAAUCUGUUUCUAUUUGCUCAAUCGCUUGGGAUCCAAAAGGAAAUGGAGAAAUUGCAUUUUGUGAUGUGCAGGGACAAUUAGGAAUUGUUACCAACUGUCUCAAACCAGUAAUCGAUGUGAGCGCCAGUCACGUUAAAACCGCAACAGUAAACCAUGACGAUCAAUCUAAUAACGAAGUGGAUUUUGAAGAUUACCAAUUUGAAGACGACGAUGAAGACAACGAGAAUGCGGUAUCAAUAGAAAAAUUGAAGAAAGAAGUAAUGGGAGAUGACUCCGAAUCGGAAAUUGAGAAAGCAUCCACUCAUGUUCCAAGUCCGCGUCCUCGCACGCCUGAAAUUCCUUUACAGAGCGUAUUUAUGCCGUCUUCUACACCGGAACACUUGAACCCACGUUAUCUUUGCUGGAACGAGGUCGGGAUUGUUAGGAGUUAUCGAAAUGAUAUAGAUGAUGAAGGGGCGAAAUCUAUAGAGGUUGAAUUUCACGACUCAAGCCUUCACAAUAGCAUGAUGAUACAAAAUUUCCACGGAUAUACAAUGGGAUCGUUGAGUAGCACUGCGCUUGCAAUUGCCAAUUCAAAUCUUGUAGCAGUAGUUCCGCUAAAUGCCGGUGCUAAGGAGUGGAAUAUAAAUAUAGAAGAGGAGGAGGAGGAAGAAAUAAUUUGUAUUGCGUGCUCUGACAAUUUAGUGUGCCUCGGUACUUCCAAUAAUUUUAUAAGGGUGUACAGCAUUUACGGAACUCAAAAGGGACUGUUUGCUGUUCCCGGCCCACUCGUGUGUAUGACCGCCCGUAGUUCUAUGCUGCUAAGUGCAUACCAUUCAAGUUUACCAAGAAAUGGCGAUCAGUGUAUCAGUAUGAUAUUGACUAAGUUGGAUGGUAUAUGCAUUGAAAAUAAAGACUUAAAAAGUGCGUUACGCCCAGAGACCACGCUAUCAUGGUUAGGAUUUUCAGAUUGCGACACACCAGCCUUACAAGAUUCUUCGGGUUUACUAUAUUUGUACCCUGAAUCGUGUAACGUGUGGCUACCAAUCUGUGACACUAAGAAAAAGUGUAGCACCCCAUCAGAUAGUUUCUUUAUAACGGCGAUGUAUGAAUCGUUUCAGUCACUUAGAGGAAUUCGUUGCCGCGGAAGUGUAUAUCCAAGUUUCACGCCUCGUCCGACUCUUUCUGAAAUACCCUUAGAGCCUCCGUUUCUGGAAAUGAACACCGAAAAAUCUCAACUAGAAGCAAAUUUAUUCAUGUGGUCGUCAAUUAAAGUGGCCGAUGUGGAAAAAAAAAUCAAAGAGACCGCCCUAAAAACAUUUGCGUUGGCAUGUAGAAAUAAUUUGGAUCAAAGGGCUUUAGAAUUAGUAACGAUGUUAUCUAAUCCACAAUUGGUAACUUUAGCGACGAAGUAUGCAUCCAAAUUGAACCGACGAAGACUUGCUGAAAAACUUGUUGAAAUGGCGUCAAUGUUACAUGAUGAUGGUUCUAAUUCCAAUGAAACUCUGUGUUCUAGUGACAGUCUAUUUUCUGGAAACAACCAAUUAAAUUUAAGCACUGUACUGAGACGUUCCGUAAAAGUGAACAACACAAAGGUAUCUUCAGCAGCAGCUAAUGGUGAUUCACAACAGUUACAUUCAUCAGUCAAUGAUACUUCAGUAAAUAACAAUGAAUCUAUUCCAAAUAUUAGUAAUAUGGACAUUUCAGUAGAUUCUAACACAUCCUUACCUAAAGUGACCAAUCCAUUUUUAAAAAGUUUAAAAAAGAAAACUGCAAACACUCACAACCCACUGAGCUUGACGGAUAAGUUUGCGGGAUAUGUAGAAGAAGACAGUUCAAAAUCAACAGAAUCUAAAGGAUCAAUGUUUAGUUCUAAUUCUGAGAAGAGAAAACAACCGGAGCAUGGAACCGAAAAACAAAAGGACAAACAAAGGAAGUUAAAUAGUUUUAUUUUCACAAAACGAAGCUGAAUAAUUGAAAAUGUUACAGUAUUUUAUGUUAUAGGAGUUUCUCGUUUAGUUGUUUCGUGCUUGACUGUUUUAUUUCUAAAAAAUUUACAAUACCAUUUUUUGUAUUUGUUCCAAAAUGUUGAGUAUUUUUAAUAUAUUUACACAACUGGUAAA